AUGCAAAUAGACGAGGUCGCAAUCACCAGCAGCAGCGGCUUCUUCAUCGCGGAGCCAAACAUACAGAUAAUGAAGGAGAUGGUUGGUGGUUGCUGUGUUUGUUCGGAUGAGCGAGGCUGGGCGGAAAACCCUCUAGUUUACUGUGACGGUCAUGGUUGCAAUGUGGCCGUUCACCAGGCUUGCUAUGGAAUCGUCCAGGUACCGACAGGCCCGUGGUUCUGCAGGAAAUGUGAAUCUCAGGAGAGAGCAGCCCGAGUGAGAUGUGAGCUUUGUCCUCAGAAAGAAGGUGCCCUGAAACGAACUGACACAGGCGGUUGGUGUCAUGUUGUGUGUGCACUGUUUAUACCAGAAGCAUGGUUUGCUAAUGUGCAAACUAUGGAACCCAUUGUACUAAAGAAUGUACCACAAGAACGGUUCAAUAAGGUGUGCUACAUUUGUGAGGAGCAAAGUCGUGAAAGUAAAGCUGCUACUGGGGCAUGCAUGCAAUGUAAUAAAAAUGGAUGCAAACAAAACUUCCAUGUCACAUGUGCCCAGGCGCAAGGUUUGCUGUGUGAAGAAGCUGGAAAUUAUGGUGAUAAUGUUAAAUAUUGUGGCUACUGUUUGUAUCACUACAAGAAAUUGGGGGAAAAGCACUUGACCUCGCUGAAGCAGGAAAGAAAAAAAAAGAAAAAGGAUGCCAACAUUAAAGUGAUUCCAGCAUUCAAACCAGUCUCCUGUGAGAUGAGCACCCCUGAAUCCACUCCUGAAAAGAGUUUUCCUGCCCGGUUAGACAAGGAAAGAGAAAGAUCAAAGAUUCGUGAUAUGAAGAGUGACAGUAGCUAUUUCCAUUCCUCAUCGAAUCUUCCACCCAAUCCACCUUCCUCACAAGUCAACACUGAUCAGCGCAUGCCCAAUAUCACACAUGAUAGGAGUCGGCCACCAAAAUUAUUGCAAAGCUCCCCACAGGGACCUGUUCAGUCAGAGGCACCACUUCUGACAACAUCAGAGUUUGAUAGUUUCACAGAAACAGAAUCAAAAACUGUUACUGCUCCUCCUCCGCCUACAUCAUACGAUGGUUGCAGAUCUGAUACAUCAUCUGUGACUUCCCAGCACAGUAGUUCAGAACUCAGUUCCAAAAUGAGUGCAUCUGCUCAAGCCUCAGCUGCCUCAUCUGAAAACAAGUUGAUAAUGGAUGCUCGGUUCACAGUAUCACCAGAGGCCAGUCGGCUGUUAACGUCCCCCUCCAGUUGUUCAUUCACAACUACGGUUACAACGGUUCAGAGUAGUAUUGUUUCUUCCCAACCGCAAACAACUUUUUCAAAUAAUUAUGAUAAUUAUCUUAGUUCUGGUCAUGUGACCACAGCUACUGCAACAGGGUUGAAUGGGAUAAGCACUGCUGUCCUCCCAAAUGCUAACCUUGAGCAGAACCAAAGCAAAAGACAGAGGUCAAGAUCAAGUGAAAAACAGGAAAAGAAAAACAAAAAAGGCAAAUGUUCAACUUCCUCAACAAAUAGCAAAGGAAAAAGUGGGAAGGAUUCUGUUGUAACAACAUCACCAUCAUCUUCAUCUGAUACUUCUCCUUCUGAAAGCAAAAAAACAACCCCAACCCAGAGGAAAUCUGAGGUUCCCCUUUCUGGAGGACCUUUAGGAAAUCCUAAUUAUAAUGUUUUUGGUGGCAGUCCAUAUUUCCAGAGUUUAAGUGCAUCAGGACCUGUCUCUAUUUCUGGUUUCAGCCAGACAAAUCUAGAAAAUAAUGGAACAUUCACAACAUCAGUGAUGCCAGGAGCAAAUUUACCUGCCAAUCUGGAACAAGGAACUUCUCCCAAUCUGACACCUCCAACUUUAGCAAAUGAAGGUGCAGCUCCAGCUGGUGUUGGGUGUUUUUUAGGCCCUCCAAAGAUAUUUCCUUCAAUUCAGAAUGCAAAGAUGCCAGAUGAAAAUAUGGGAAAUGGAUUAGCUCAAACCAUGGAACAGUUGCUAGAGCACCAAUGGGACUUAGGGUCACAAUUCCUGAUGGAACAAGGUCAACAUUUUGAUAUUGCCUCCCUUCUAAGUUUCCUGCAUAAACUAAAGACAGAGAACCAGCAGUUGGAAGACUACAUCAAGACCUUGACUGCUCGUCGAGAUCACCUGCUGGCUCUAAAUGCCCGUCUGGCUCUGCCACUGUCUGCACUCAGCAGUUCACAGUUGAUGGGUAAAAGUAUUGAAUCUCCAUGUGGUCUUUCACAACAUUGUCAAAGUCAGAGCUGUAUGGAGUCAACAUUAGCCCAAGACAUGAGUAGUAAUUGUAGCAGCCAUACCCCAUCAAAUCAUAGUCCUGGUCAGCAACAAUCUUCAACGCCAGGAUAUCAACACAUCUCAAGUCCAAAUGGAUCAUUUCAUGGAAGUAGUCAUGGUGUUCAUCCUUCAAGUUGUAGUCCUGUGCAACCCUCUCUUAGUCGGAAUUCAGCUGGGUUAACUGGUACAUCUCUUGAUUCAUCUCGACUUCAACAAAAUUCAAAUAAUUCCCAAGAUCAGCACAUGAUGUAUUCAAUGAUGCAACAACAGGUUACAUCAGCUGCAUUGUCCCAGGGAUCAAGCAUUGUUCUAGGGUCACUGAAAUCAACCAGUUCUCCAAACAACUUGAAUACAACAGUGCCAUCAUCAACUUUUAACUCAGCAGAUGUCCAAAUGUCAAGCAAAACGAAUCAUGACACAAAAGUCAAGGAGAAGUCCUGA